AUGAUAGAAAAUGGCGCAUCUGAAAAGAUCAAGAACGUGGUGAUUCUUAUGUUUGAAAACCGAAGCUACGAUCGUUUAAUGGGUUGGUUCAAAUACAACAACGAACUGGAUGGAUUGACUGGCAACGAAUGCAAUUAUUUGGAUCCUACUGACAAGACCAGCUUGAAGAUCUGCGCUACUAAUAAAGGUCUUUUGAAAGAUCCUCUUGACCCAGGACACGAAUAUACUGAUACAACUCAACAAAUUAGCGGUAAUGGUUCUCUUUCUUCCAACGACGUGAAAAUGGCCAAUAUGGAUGGUUUUGUGGCUAACUUUGCUAAAAAUUAUCCUAAAAUCAAAAACAAUGCUACUGCUCUUCACCAAAUCAUGGAUGGAUUCGACCCAAGUAGUGUUCCUAUUACCUAUGAAUUGGCUUCCAAUUAUACAGUAUUUGACCGAUGGUUUGCCUCUUUCCCUGGUUCAACAAUGCCAAAUAGGAUGUACCUUCAUAGUGCAACAUCACAUGGUGAAGUGUUUACUGAUGGUGUCAAAUAUAUUCCAGGAUAUCCCCAGCGAACCAUUUAUAAUAACUUGGAUGAUGCUCAAAUUGAAUGGGCAAACUAUUAUCAAGAAAUUCCUACUUUAUUGAUUUUUGAUCAACUUCGUUUGGGUUCGCUGAGUCAUUACAAGAACUGGAGCCAUCUCAAGAAAGAUGCUGCUGCUGGUACAUUACCUCCCGUUUCCUUUAUUGAUCCAGCUUACUUUUCUAUUGGAAACUGUAUUGUGGAAAAUGAUGCUCAUCCUCCUUCUGAUGUUGCCGAUGCCGAAAAGCUACUCAAAGAAGUAUAUGAAAUGAUCCGUGCCUCUCCCCAAUGGAAUGAAACUUUACUUAUUGUUACUUUCGAUGAACAUGGUGGUUACCAUGAUCAUCAUCCAACUCCUCUUGCAAUUCCCAACCCUGAUGGUAUCAAUCACACAGACUUUAAUUUUGAUCGAUUGGGUAUUCGUGUGCCUGCUAUUCUUAUUUCUCCUUGGGUGAAAAAGGGUGCUGUUAUCCAUGAAGCUAAAGGUCCUUAUCCUGAUUCCCAUUAUGAACAUUCAUCUGUGCCUGCUACAAUUAAGAAGUUGUUCAAUUUACCAAACUUUUUGACUAAACGUGAUGCUUGGGCUGGUACUUUUGAAGAUGCGAUAUCUCUUGAUAAACCUCGUGAAGAUUGUCCUAUGACUCUAUCUCAACCACCAAAUCCUGUUGUUAAUGCCACUAUUACCAAUCCUAUCGGUAAGAUAUAUUUACAUGACUUUCUUCAUUCAACUAACUUUUUCUAUAUUAUUUGA